AUGGGGCUAUCGCCGGCUGGAAGCCACCAUCGACGUCGAAGCUCCGUCCUCACAGGCGCAGGUCCCUCAUCGCUGGCCGCCCCGACCGAACAGAGGGAGGAUCAUUCCAGAGCCAUUGGCGAGGUGGUCAACUACAAGCGCGACGAACAGAAACCCUUGACGGCCGAUGACGCAGACGUCUCCGACCUGUCUUCAAUCGCAGAAAGUGUGGAGAUGGAUUAUGUGAGCUCUGACGAUGAGCUCCACGAUGAUGAAGAAACGGGUCUCACAGCGAAACAACGACGUCAGAGACGCCGACGGAGGAAACAACGGAGGCAAUUGGAUGCUCGCAUAGCUGAUGUCAAGUCCUCCCGAUAUGAUAUCCUCUCAAUGGGUUUAGCAGAUCGGAACGUCGUCAAGAGACUGCUCGUCAAUGCGUGUCUCAUCCUCUUGUGGUACUUCUUUUCCUUGUCGAUCUCCGUUUACAACAAAUGGAUGUUCUCAGAAGACCGUGUUGUGUUUCCUUUUCCUCUCUUUACGACUAGCUUGCAUAUGCUGGUGCAGUUCAGUCUCGCGUCCUUCAUUCUUUGGUUGAUCCCAGCGCUGCGCCCGCGACACCCUUCAUCCACCUCGUCCGGUUCACCGUUCAGAAGCAGUCAUGAUGCCUCCGAAUCGACUCCCAUACUCACCAAACUCUUCUACCUCACCCGGCUCGUUCCCUGCGGCGCAGCGACGUCCCUCGACAUCGGGCUGGGCAACAUGUCCCUCAAGUUUAUUUCCCUCACCUUCCUCACCAUGUGCAAAUCCUCCGCUCUCGCCUUCGUCCUUCUCUUCGCUUUCAUUUUCCGACUGGAGACGCCCUCCGUCAAGUUGAUUUUUGUCAUAGCCACCAUGACCGUCGGCGUGGUCAUGAUGGUCGCCGGAGAAACAGCCUUCAAUGCUGUGGGCUUCGCUCUAGUCAUCGCCUCCGCCUUCUUUUCGGGUUUCCGCUGGGGACUGACUCAGAUUCUACUCCUGAGGCAUCCGGCUACAUCCAACCCCUUCUCCACCCUCUUCUUCCUCACUCCCGUCAUGUUUGUCUCGCUGAUUAUCAUCGCUCUGACUGUUGAAGGCCCUGCCAAGAUCGCCGACGGCUUUGCCGCUCUGUCAGAGACUCAUGGCGGCGUCUUUGCCGUCUUCCUGCUAAUCUUCCCCGGUGUGCUGGCCUUUUGCAUGAUCUCAGCCGAGUUCGCUCUGCUGAAACGCUCCUCCGUUGUCACACUAAGUAUCUGUGGCAUCUUCAAGGAAGUCAUUACGAUCAGUGCAGCAGGCGUCGUGUUCCAUGACCAAUUGACCGCGGUCAAUAUUGCGGGCUUGCUUAUUACCAUUGCCAGUAUUGGUUGCUACAACUACAUGAAGAUUUCCAAGAUGCGUUCCGAGGCACGACGAGGCACCUGGGAGCGCAGCCCGAACCUGGACUCGGAAAGUGACGACUCCGGUCGUGCUCGUUCCCGUUCGCGUGGAACGUAUCACAGAAUUAGCGAUCCGGAAACCAGCAUAGUCACUCCGGUGUCGCAAGUGCCUACAGGUGACAAUCCCGCUCCUGUCGAUGGCUUGAUUGGCGAUCGGCGCUCGUUCCAAGUGAGGGCCAGCGGGGCCAGUAGCAACAUUCAUGGACUCACAAUUUCCACGGGAAAUCUGAGCGAUAGCGAGAGUCGUCCGUUCUCCCCACGUCUGGCCGGUCCGUCUCCGCUCAAGUCCGCACCGCCGGUAGUCCUGACCGCCGACUCCCAAUUUCCGCCCCGGGUGGGACGAGGCCCCAGCGCUGGAGGGAACUUGCAGCCGUCCACCGACCGGGCAGUGUCAGGAUAA